CUGGCCAUGGCUCAGUCUGCAGAGAAACGUGCGUGGAUCUCUUUGGAGUGGCACGGAUCGUGUCUUUCAUCUUGUAUUUUUCGGUGUGUGGCGAUUGUGCGUGGGUGGAAAAUGCAUUUUCCUGCUUUUAAUGACUUCUAUCAGCGACUUUUGUUUCUGCUGCCGUUUGCCACAAAUUUUGGCAUUCAAGAGCGAAGCUUCGACUACAAUGCCCCCAUCGAAUGGAAGGACGCGUUUCCCAAUUGUGGCGGGGCAGAGCAGUCACCGAUUGCCAUCAGUAGGUACAAGGUAAUACCCAUUGGUCUGCCUCCCUUGCAUUUCUAUCGCUACGACGAGCCGUUCGAUCAGCUCUUGAGCAUACACAACAAUGGGCAUACAGUUCACUUUACCAUUCCUACGACUAUCUUCGGGGAGCGUCCCUAUGUGACUGGCGGCUUGCUGCAGGACUUUUACGAGGCCAGGGACGUGCACUUCCACUGGGGCUCGCAGCAGAGCAAGGGCUCGGAGCAUUUGCUAAAUGGCCGGCGCUACGAUCUGGAAAUGCAUAUUGUGCAUCACAACACCAAGUACAUCAGCGACGAGGAUGCGCGCAAUAACAGCGACGGCCUGGCGGUGCUGGCAGUGCUCUUCAAGGUGGAGCGGACGGGACCCACCUUCUACCAGCCCGGACUCAAUGAGAUCUUUGCCUCGCUGCUGCACGUAGGAGACUUCAACAGCACUUAUGCACCUCCGGUUCUGAUGACACUUGGAUCGCUGUUGAGCAAUCUGGAUGUGAGGAACUUUUACAGCUACAAGGGUUCGCUGACAACGCCGCCCUGCUCGCCCUCCGUGCUGUGGCACGUGUUUGCCGAGGUGCUGCCCAUCUCCCACCAGGAUCUGCCCAAAUUCUGGCAGCUGCGGAACCGCCAUGGCCGACCAUUGCUCAACAAUUUCCGGCCACUGCAGUCGCAGGAGUCGCGACAGAUCUUCCAUCGACGGCCCUGGUUAUAGCUAACUAAUUAAAGUUAAUUUUAUUUAAA